AAUAGUUCCACCCAAAAGGGAGAUGAUGAUUAUGAAGAUUACACUUCAAAUAAGACUUGGGUUUUGACUCCCAAAGUCCACGAGAGUGAUGUGACUCUUAUUUUAAAUGGCUUGCUGGAAGGAUAUGACAACAAACUGAGACCUGACAUAGGAGUUAAACCAACAAUAAUUCACACUGACAUGUAUGUAAAUAGCAUCGGCCCUGUGAAUGCUAUCAAUAUGGAAUAUACAAUUGAUAUAUUUUUCGCCCAAACGUGGUAUGACAGACGUCUGAAGUUCAACAGCACAAUAAAAGUGCUCAGAUUAAACAGUAACAUGGUUGGGAAGAUCUGGAUACCAGACACAUUUUUCCGAAAUUCCAAGAAGGCUGAUGCUCAUUGGAUAACAACUCCUAACAGGAUGCUCAGGAUCUGGAAUGAUGGCAGAGUCUUGUACACAUUGAGGCUGACAAUUGAUGCUGAGUGUCAGCUACAGUUACACAACUUCCCAAUGGAUGUUCACUCUUGCCCACUGGAAUUUUCAAGCUAUGGCUACCCUAGAGAAGAGAUCAUUUACCAGUGGAAGCGCAGCUCGGUGGAGGUGGGGGACACCCGGUCCUGGAGGCUUUACCAGUUCGCCUUUACAGGACUAAGAAACACAACUGAGGUGGUGAAGACUACUUCAGGAGACUAUGUAGUCAUGUCUGUCUUCUUUAACCUGAGCAGGAGAAUGGGUUAUUUCACUAUUCAGACCUACAUUCCCUGCACACUUAUUGUUGUCCUGUCCUGGGUCUCUUUCUGGAUUAAUAAGGAUGCAGUUCCAGCCAGAACAUCACUGGGAAUUACAACUGUCCUGACAAUGACCACCCUGAGUACAAUUGCUCGUAAAUCUCUUCCCAAGGUCUCCUAUGUGACAGCAAUGGAUCUCUUUGUGUCAGUCUGCUUUAUUUUUGUGUUCUCUGCACUGGUGGAAUAUGGAACUUUGCAUUACUUUGUCAGCAACAGAAAGCCAAGCAAGGAUAAAGACAAAAAGAAGAAAAACCCACUUCUUCGGAUGUUUUCCUUCAAGGCACCUACUAUUGACAUCCGCCCCCGAUCAGCUACUAUUCAAAUGAACAAUGCUACUCACCUCCAAGAAAGGGAUGAAGAAUAUGGGUAUGAGUGUCUUGAUGGCAAGGACUGUGCCAGUUUUUUUUGCUGCUUUGAGGAUUGUCGGACGGGAGCGUGGAGGCACGGCAGAAUACACAUCCGCAUUGCCAAAAUGGACUCCUAUGCCCGCAUCUUCUUCCCAACUGCCUUCUGCUUGUUCAACCUGGUGUAUUGGGUAUCAUAUCUGUACCUUUAAAAGCAGUAGGAAAUCAGUGAUAUGAGCCUUACUCACUGAAUUUCUUUGAGAGAUGGUUUCCUAAAUCCACUUGAAGUAUUUAUGAUGCGCUUUAUAGUGGUCUGAAUUCUUUAGUGCCAUAAUCCCGUAAAAAUCAGUCAUAUCAUUUGUCCAAAAAUUGCCAUCAGGUCAUUGUGAAUUACAUGUCCAUUCCACAUGCCAAAAUAAUUUAAAAUUAAAUCAUGUCAAUAGGUAAUAUACACCUAUACCUUCUGGAAUAGAUAGGAACAGGGCAGACAGGGCGAGGGGAACACAGCAACAACAUAAUAGUUGAUACUGUGAUUCCAAACAGGAGUGAGAGAGAGAAGAAUUCCCAGGUAAAGUGCUGUACAGUUUGUUAACACUGGCUAUAAUUAUGCUAUAGCUUUAUUCUCUGUGGGCUUUUCUUUUUGGAAGAGUCAUCUCUCACUUUGAAUAGGUAUAAUUAAGCUAGGAAAAUUAACUUCUACUCCCACCAAAAUGAAAACAGACCUUUCCCUUUGCCAUCCCUUUAAGAGCACAUGUACAAUGCUGUAAAUAUUUCAAUACCUUAUAGUACGUAAAGUCUAGUGCAUGCAUCUUUUGGGGGCCAAAAUAAAUGAAAAAAAAGGUACCAUAAAGUUUUGUCUUUUAUUUUGUGUCUCUGGAUGUGCUAUUGUAAUUGAAAUGUGGACAAACCUAAUUUUCUUUUUUCUUGAAAAAUUGCCCCUCUCCUUCAUGCAUGGAAGAUCCAAGCAGACAGCACUGUCAUGCAAGAUAUUAGAGAAGCCUUAAGGAUUCAACUAAAUAACAUAUAGACAAAUCUGUAUGGCCAAUAUAAUAGCUCAUAAAGUGUAAUAUAUGUGUCCUCUGCUGUCGUAGCCUUCAUUUCCCAUUGAUAAUGUUGCUAUAUUUCAACUCAAUCUCCAGUAAUUAUACAUUGCAAGAUCAGCUUCCAAAUUUAAUCCAUGUGCUUCUAUUGUUCUUUUCCUAUGUUGAGCUCCACUUUUGUCCUUACACAAGUGUUUGUGGGGGUCUUUUAUUCUUUAAUCUAGUACAGGAAAUAGCUUUUGUUCUAGACAGUUUUUUUACAUAAGAGCUUCAAGUUAAUUUUGAAACAUUAGUCCUUCUAUUGUAUAUACACACACACAAUUCUCUGCCCAUUCAUGUCCUUAAUCAGCAAUAGUUGUUGUCAGUGCUGCUUUCACUCAGUGAGUACCUUUAUUAGAAGAAACCUUUACCAUGGCUAGCACAGGGUUUAUAGAUAGCCUUGAAAAUGGAAGGGAACAGAGUGUGUCCUGGCUACUAAAUCACACGUAUGAAGUUAUGUAUGCAUUUAAAACCUUCAACCCACCUGGGUGAAUCUUGAAAACCACUGGUUUUCAGAACCUGUAUGAUGCUCAAUUAUGCAACCUUAAGCACAUGUAAAUAUGACUGACAGUUUUGGGUUUUUUUUUUCAAUUGUCAAAGAUGCAAAAUGCCACCUCCAGAAAAGUGGGCUUGCGGCUUGAAAAGGGAGACCUAUAACUUAUCACUACAGAAUUAUUAUUAAUUUAAAUGGAGGAAAAGGAAAGUUUUCCAAUGUUUGUAUAGUUUUGGAAAUAAAAAUGUAUAAAAAAGGAAUAUCUCUUGAUCAUCAAUUGCUCCUAGUCCAAUGUAUUUGAAAACAUUUUAAUAAAGGAAUUGCACACACCUGUGGACUUUUUCAAUAAAACUGCUGCACUCAA